AUGGGAACCAAACGAUCCUGGCAAGGGCAGCCUGUCACACAAGACACCGAUAUCACUAUGACAUCUGAAACCACCACCCCGAUAAUCACCUUGUUUGAGGGUUUCCGCAAUGAGCUGGACCAACAUCACGACCGACGCGAGCGGAUCAUCAAGGUCAGCCGGGACAUUACCGCCCUGAGCAAGAAGAUGAUCUUCGCUCUUCAACGCGUGCGCGCCAUCAACCAACCCCUUCCUCCGAAAAUCUCGCAAGAAAACCAAACCCGCCUCGACCAGAUCAAGGCUCUUUUCAAUUCUAUCAUCCCAGAUGUCACAGGCAUCAAUGCUUGGCGAUACCAGCGCCAGAUUGGUGGUGGUAUCCAAGAGUUCAUUGAAGCAAUCUCGUUUGACCACUACCUGCGCACGCAAACGUUGAUCAGCCACGCUGAAGUUCAAGCCAUACUCCCGCAUGAGCUUCUAGUCACAGAAGAUGAUUAUCUCAUGGGUCUGUUCGAUUUGACUGGUGAGAUGAUGCGCUUUGCCGUCACCGCACUGAGCUCUGGGAAUGCAGCCAAGGAGGAUCGAGCCGAGGCAGAAUCUACAGAUGCGACAAGAAAACUCCCGCAUCUUACUGCCGAACAGGCUGGUAUUGUCAUUGAUUUAAGAGCUAUGCGUGCAGAGUUUGAGGCGCUCAGUGUUCCAAAGCGGUCAAAUAUGCUACGUGAUUUGUUCAAAAAAGUGGAAGUAAUGCAGAGUAGCGUGGAGAAGGUGGAGCGGGCAGCUUAUGGAAUCUUGGUACGUGGAAGCGAGCGCCCAAGUGGAUGGACGCCAGAUCUGUCAGCGCCGGUUGAGAUGGAGAUUCAUUGA